AGAGAGAGAGAGAGAGAGAGCAAAUUAUUCGAAGUGGCAUGUAUUUGUGCGAUCUUCAGCCCUUCCUUCUCCAUCAUUAAGCCUCGGUUUUGGGGGGACACGAGAGAGAAAGCGGGCAAACCCUUGGCAGCGUCGUGCCUUCUUCCUUCCUUCCAGCCUGCCUCCUUCCCUCCCUCCCUCCCUCCUCCCUCCAAGCCUUCCCUUCCAGGAACAAAGCCUCUUCAAGCGGGUUCCUCGGAUGGUUCCCGCUUGUUAAUUAAACUAAUGGGAAGCGCCUCGUCCCCGGUGUUCGCCUGCUGCGUCAGCAUCGCCGCCGCCGCCGUCGUCUCUCGUGGCAUCUUCGCGCCGUCCCCUCUUGAUCCAGCCCUCCUCUCCCUCCUCCUCCUCCCCGCGAUGAGUCCCUGAGUGGGAGUGGAUGGGAGGCGGGGGGAUCGCGGGGGAGAAGGCUCCUCUUCUCCGCUCUGGGCUGCCGGCGAAGUUGCCUCUGCGGGACUGAGGGCGAAGGGGACGGCCGCGCCAUGCAGGGUCUGUGCCGGGGCCGGCGGGCGCUGGGCGUGUGGGUGGCGGUGGCGCACGGGGUCUUCUCGGGCUCGCUGAACAUCCUGCUGAAGUUCCUGCUGAGCCGCUACCACUUCGCCUUCCUGACGCUGCUGCAGUGCCUGACCAGCUCCACGGCGGCGCUGAGCCUGGAGCUGCUGCGGCGGCGGGGCGCCCUGGACGUGCCGCCCUUCGGCCCCAGCCUGGCGCGCCUCUUCGCCGGCGUCACCCUCCUCUCCACGCUCCAGUCCAGCCUCACCCUCUGGUCGCUGCGCGGGCUCAGCCUCCCCAUGUACGUGGUCUUCAAGCGCUGCCUGCCCCUCGUCACCCUCCUCAUCGGCGUCCUCGUCCUCAAGAACGGCGUGCCUUCCCUCGGCGUCUCCCUCGCCGUCCUCAUCACUACCUGCGGCGCCGCCCUCGCCGGUGCGGGUGAUCUGACUGGGGAUCCACUUGGGUACGUGACUGGAGUGCUGGCUGUGUUGGUGCAUGCAGCAUAUUUGGUACUCAUCCAAAAGACAAGUGCAGACAGUGACUAUGGACCUUUGACAGCUCAGUAUGUCAUCGCUGUGUCAGCCACCCCUUUCCUCAUCAUCUUCUCCUUUGCCAGCAUGGAUGCCAUCAACGUUUGGUCCUUCCCAGGAUGGAAAGAUCCUCUCAUGACAUGUAUCUUCAUUGCAUGUGUUUUUAUUGGCUGUGCCAUGAAUUUCACUACUCUUCACUGCACUUAUAUCAACUCAGCGGUCACUACUAGUUUUGUUGGGGUGGUGAAGAGCAUUGCGACCAUUACAGUUGGGAUGGUGGCCUUCAACGAUGUUGAGCCCACAAAACUGUUCAUAGCAGGGGUGGUGGUAAAUACUGUGGGAUCCGUCAUUUACUGUGUGGUCAAGUACAUUGAAACACGAAAGCAAAGUAAUUAUGAAGAUCUGGAGAAGGAAAUUAGGCAGGAGGAAAAGAAAGAAUGUGAUGGAGAUCAGCCACCCUUCAUAAUGGAGGAGAUAUCCAACGAGGCAGAGCCAGGAGAUACAAUGAUAGAGGAGGCAAUAGGUGAAAGCAACCAGCAAAGCACAGAAGAGGUGGACAGCAUUAUGAGAGAAGCAAAUACAUCCAUGAUCUCUGAAGAGGGAAGCUCUGAAGGACUUAGUAAAAGCUCAUUAAAAGAUGCUUACCUUGGAGUAUGGAGGUUGGUCCGAGGAGCAAAUUAUAUGAAGAAAGAUUAUUUAGUAGAGAAUGAAGAAUUACCAAGUCCUUGAAGAAUAAUUUCUUUGUAAAUCAUAAUCAAGGAUACAUAUAUAUAUAUUAUUCCUUGUGGUGGGAGUACAAAUGGACAGAUGCUUUCAUAUGUUCACAGACAAAUCGUAAUUGUUUAUUAGGGAUAUUUUACCUCAUUCUGAUGGGACAAAAGCAUUAUGUUCAUGCUUAGUUUCUGUGCAAGUCUGUUUUCCCUCCGAGUGGACUUACCUCUGAUUUUCAGAUCAGGAUUAGGCCUGGAUCAGCAAAAUAGGCACAUAGGCUUGUGUUUUGUAUUCACAGAUGUCAACAGGAUUAACCUAAUUAAUUUCUUCAAUAAGUACUCUUUGAAGUACUAGUUGAAUUGUUUAUAGCCAUUAAAACUAUGGUAUGUGUGAGCAGAAGAUGAGAAUAUUUGUUCUUAAUAGAAUAAAAAGGGAAAUAGCACUAAAUUCAGUGCUGACUGGUGCCUUUCAUGUCAGUUGGGCAGUGAAGCCUCACUGGGUUUUAGUCCAAAAUGUGAAGAUGCUAUCCAGAAUGCAGAUAGGUGGUAAAGGCAAAGGUUUUCCCCUGACAUUAAGUCUAGUUUUGUCUGACUCUGGUGGUUGGUGCUCAUCUCCGUUUCUAAGCUGAAGAGCCGGUGUUGUCGGUAAACACCUCCAAGGUCAUGUGGCCCGCAUGACUGCAUGGAGCGCCAUUACCUUCCUGCUGGAGUGGUACCUAUUCAUCUACUCACAUUUGCAUGUUUUCAAACUGCUAGGUUGGCAGAAGCUGGGGCUAACAAUGGGAGUUCACCCCCUUCCCUGGAUUCGAACCACCAACCUUUCGAUCAGCAAGUUCAGCAGCUCAGCGGUUUAACCUGCUCUGCCACUGAGGGCUCAAGAGUGCAGAUACCAUCCCCUAAAUAGGCCCACCCCCUUUAAAAGUUGGGCUAAAACAUUGAGCUCAUUAUACCACUAAUGUGGAACUCACAAGCUGCCACUGAUUGGAUUCCCUGUGGACAAGAACAUUAAACAAAUCAGAAAUGCAAAAAGUGUAAGUCAGCUCUUUUGUGGUUCUUCUGUCUAAUCUUCCAGAUGUUGUGUGUGCUGUACAAGUCUCACCUAUACAUGGAACAGUUGUAAUAGUCAAUGAGCAGAAGUUAUAUAAGACCCUGCAGAUAAUUCUGCAUCAUUUCAAUUUCCUUGCUUGUCUUUGCUGGCAAAGUGAGGUGUGUGCGUGCGUGUGCGUGCGUGCGUGUGCGUGCGUGCGUGCGUGAGUGAGAGAGAGAGAGAGAGAGAGAGAGAGAGAGGUGGGAGUAAGUUGUAUAUUCUCAAAUUUGCCUCAGAACAUUUUCAGCUUGUGUGUUUGUGUAUAUGUGUAUGGUAACUCAUACUCAUAUGUAUGCAUAUUCAAGAAUUCACUAUUUUCUGUAGAAUUCAGGAGACAUGCAUUGUUACUUUUGAAAACUCAAAUACAUAUCAGACAGGUAGGAUUAUAGUAACAACCGAAGAACAUAGAAAGUAUCCUGUAGGAUGAGGCAAUGUAAAUCUUCUAGCUUCUCACAGUGUCUGUGCUGAUAUGCCUGGUAACUCCAUGAGUACACCCAGAAGACAACAACUCUGUUUCUGACAUGGCUGUCCAGUCGCUGAUAUUUACCAGCUUCUGAACGUGAAGAUUUCAUAUAGAACCAUCCUCUAUAAAGGCUGCGAGAGCAAUCUGGCCCUGAUAUUUGUCAUCUCAUUGAUCACCAGGGUUGAUUCAACUGAUCUGGCUGGCUAGGUGGGUCUCCCUUUCUCUGUCUUCCUCCUGAAGCCAUGUGCUUGGAAGAAGACAACAAUCCCAGAUAGCAGGAGUGUAUCCUUUUUUGGUCAAGGGUAUAUGAUGACAGUGCUCUCUUGCUAGACUCUUCAAACAUCCUCGAUAAAUAUUUAAGUAUUUAAUAUGUAACCUAUCUUUCCACCUCCAGUGCCACUCAAGAUAGCUAACUAUAAUUAAAUACAGUUUAAAAGCAAAAUAUCAGUUAAAAACAUAUUAGAAACUUGAUUGAUACACAACACAACAAUGACAGAUAAAGUCACUGAAACCAAACUAAAUAGGUACCCUUUGACAGUCAGUCUUUAUGCCAAAGAUUUACUUGGAAAAGUUAAUUUUUUGGAUGACAGCUCUCCAAACUCCCAAAGAAGUUGGUUUCUGGCCAUGCUGGUUUGAAGAUUCAGAUAACUGUACUUAAAAAAAAAGUGCCCCCCCCCCCCCAGUUAUGGCUCUCUAAUAAAUAACGGCACCACUUCCUUAGCCUUACCUAAAUAAGGGGGGGGGGAGGUAAAAUAUAUAUUGUGUAUUGAAUGCUACAUUUCAAAUCAUUGCUUUUCCUUAGGGGUUCUUUUAAGUAACCCUUUUCAUCUUGCAUACAUCCAUACAGUCACUUUGUCACAUUCACACGGCUUUCAAACAAUUGUCUUAUCACAUUAAUAGAACUUUAGGUGUGUGUGUCCAUUCUGAUAUUAUCAAGUUCCAACUUUUACUGUCCUAACCUUUCCCACACAAAUUACCAAAGUGUACAGAAAUGAGUGAAGACUAUAGUUCCAGUAUGCUUCUAAGAAAGAAAAGCUGUUAAAAAUGUGUUGGGCUUUAAAGAAAUACCAUUGCCCCUGUCUAAUGCCCCUGCACUUAAGGACCUUAGCGCAUGCCCCCCCCCCCCCCGUGUCAUGUGGCAAUGCUUCCCCCAUCACACAGAGGAAGCAUCGCCCAACAUGGGAGUCUUCCCGUGUUGAUGAGGAAACGUUCUAGGAUGCUUCCCUACCAAUUGGGGCUGGGGCCUUCACCAGAUGUAGAGGGAAUUUGUGUGAUGGGCUGCAUGCCCAUCCAUCCUACAACUGGCUGGUAAGCAUCUUAGGAUGCUUAAAUUGGUAAGUGUGAUGAGCUCCUAAGUGGUGUGCUCUCACCUUGCUUUUUCUGUAGCUGUUGUCUUCCUAAUGUUCUUCCAUCCACCAUCAAACACCAGGUUUUUGUGUUUGUACAUUAAUUCUAACUUAUUGUAAGCCACUGUUAUUCUUAAACUUCUUUUAGCAUUAUUUUGGAGAUACUAAAAUUGAAAAGCAAAAUGUCUUCCUCUAAGAGCAGUUUCACUACAGGGAACUAUAGAAAUGCUUUUUUCUACACAUAAAGUUCAAAAGUUGUAGUUUUAUUCUAACAUCCCUAGGCAAGACUAGAAAAAAUAGUGGUUGUAUGUGUGGAUUUGUACUCCAAGGACCAAAUCAAGACAUUUUCCUGUCUUGAGGCAAGGCACAAAAUAGUACUCCCUCCCCAUCCUAUAGACAAAGGGCAGCUGAACUAGCAGUUGAAAUUUAUUCCAGCACUUGCAAUGGCAGAGCUAUCUUUCACUGAGCUCAGACUGGUCAAGUGGACAGACUAUGUGGCAUAUUCAGCUCUGUGUGCCCACAGCUAAAAACAGGUGUUCAAGAAGACAGCUGGGAAACUUCCUUAGCUCUUGACACAUCAUCUACCUAAUGGCAGAAUCAGCCCUGAUAUCUAAGUAGUCAAUCUGGUUUUGAGAAAAUUUAUUGAGAUCCAAGUCUGUUGAGAUGAAUGAAAGCUACCCUCACAUAACAACAAUGUGCAAAUUAUUAGAAUUUGCCAACGCACAAGUCUAAAAGAAAACAUAGCUCAAGCGCAAAAUUUGGAAAAUUUACUUUUUAAGUAUUUAGUUCUAUAGUCCCCCUGCCAGUAUGAUCACUGGAAGUAAUUGUAGGUUUUUUUAAAGAGGGGCGUAACGUUUUUAGGGUUUGAUCCAGAGUAGAAACUUCCAUGUAUGGGGCCAUUUGACAUUUGACAUCUUGAAUACAGUUUAACUUGGUGUACAUUUGUUCUUGAUGUGGAAUAGAAUAGUGAAAAAGAAACACCUAUAAUCCAGAUAAUUUUCUUCACUGGCAUGGAUUUGAGAACAAUCUUUUAAACUUAAAGGCAUGAAAAGAAGCUAAGGUUCCUUUUUGUGGUUUCUUUCUGUGAAGGGAAUUGGAUGAAAGCACAGAGUUGGAGUCUGUUGGCACAAUCCACCAUCAAUCAUUGAAUCUUGUGUCUUUUCCAUUUAUCUCAGUAGAAUAUGUACUACAUACCAUUAAAAUACGACUGAAAUGUGUAAAUGGAGAAUAGAACAUUUGUGCUUUGUGGGCUUGCUUAAUUGUAAACUGGCUUUAGAACUGUUGAGCCAUGGAUCAUUGUGGUUGAUUGUAAAACUGAACAGUCAUCAAAAGGGCUUUGGGUUGUGCUCUGAAUACUCCGUAGCCUGGGGUCUUCAAAUGAUUUGGGACAGUAACUCCCAACUUUCUUAUGAUGGGCUAUGUUUGCUGGAAUUGAAGGGAACUGAAGUUGAAAAAAAUUGUAGGGCAUCAUUUUGAUGGAGGCAUUUGCACAUAAUAAGUAGGGUAGUACAUAUUUUUUUUACACAUGCAGAAGAGACAGUUCUACCAUUAUGUGGAUGGAAAUGGUUGAUGCAUGUAGUGGAUUAUGAGAGGGAAUAAGGUUUUGGAAAUUAGAGAUGUUAAAUACCACGUGUCCUGGUCUGGGUCUCCUAAAUUACUCUGCUAUCUUCAGGUAUGGUGGAGGAUGCUGACCUAUCUGCAUGUUGAAAGAAGGUUUGACUGCCAGUCGAAUUAGCCUCCGUACAUGCAAUGAAGAAGGCCGAUUUUGCCUUUGUCUCAGUAACAAAAUUUCUUGAACUGGUCUUAAAUCUAUGGAACUUUUAGUUGAAGGAAAUGGUGAGUUUCUGGCAGUCAGAGUAGACCAAUGCCUUUCAUAUUCAGUUUCAAGGAACCUUGUGGUUCAUCAGACUGUCUGUUAGAUCCUCAUUGAGAAGAUCAGUGUAAUGGAAUGAGAAUUUAGUGACCUCAACAUAUGGGGCUUUUUCCCCAUCCUGUGAUGCUUCCAGGAUGGAGCCAGGACAGAGCUUCCUGGAACCCAUCACAUCAUGCAGGGCUACUUGCAGUGGGACUCCAUCAUGACUCCAUCCUGGAAGAGUUGUUGGCUGGAGUACUGAGAACAUAGGUGGCUACCCAUGUUCUCAUUACAUAAGCUGAGGAAGCACAGGGGGAGCUGGGCAGCGACAGUUUCCCCAUGUGAUAGGGAAGGGAGCGAUGUUAGUAAUGCAGGAUGCUUAAGGACAAUCUCCCCCAUGGCCUGACGGAUUCCCUUACUGUCCCCUGGCUUAAGGAUCUCCAUGUGAUGGAAGUCCUUUGAGGACACACCUGUCAAGAAAACAAAAACCUAUGUCUCUCUCAGGGCCCAUCCACAGACCCAAAAAUCCAGACCUGUCUCGGUUUUUGUCGGAGGUGUCCAAACAAUGCCUCCGGUAAAAAGGAAUUAAUUCUUUGUUUCCUUGAUUUGUUCUGAAUUAAUUAGAUACCCCAUUAGAUCUGUGCCUUCCUGAAAGGCCUGGGUCUAAUGUGCUAUUGAGCCUGUGGGGACUCACUGUGGGGACAACAUGGGGGUGAGUCUCCACGGUUAUCCCACACCUUUUGGGCAAAAGCUGUCAAUUUAGCCCCUAAAAUUUACUCUUAAAGGUCCCCAGCUGCCAUAAAGCCUUCCCUUGAGUUCUCCUGGUGCGAGAAAAUGAUGCACGAGUCAAUGGGGGUGGGCAGAGGGAUUUUCCUCCUCAACCUCCUCAGGCAUCAUUUUCUCGUGCCAGGAGAACUUGAGGGGAAGCUUUAUGGAGGCCGUGGACCUUUGAAAGUAAGUUUUAGGGGCUAAAUUGGGGGCUUGGGGUGGGGUCUCGGGAUGUCAUGUAGCCACCCCCCGGAAAGCCUGAGUUUAGAUGGGUAGGUGUGGAUUGGAAUCUGUGCCAAAGUAGGUUAUUUAAACCUGCUUUGGCACAGGUUUUAGUCCUGUGUGGAAGGGCCCUCAGAGCAGAUGCAAGGAAUCCAUUAACUUUGCUCAGAAAUAAUUGAGGCCCACUUCCACUUAAUGAACAACAAAAUUGUAUACAGAUAUUGUCCACACCAUCAGUAAUUGCUGAACUAAUUUUCUAGGAAGAUGGUUUGCGUAUCCCUCUCAGUCCCUCCUACUCUGGACCAAAUAAGCAUGUUGGAUGUGCUGGUGAAGUGACAGUGAAUCCCACAGGCUCAGAUAACACAUAAGAUGAACUCAGAAUGUAUCCAAGACUGUUUCCCAGAAUUUGUUUCAACAUGCAAGAAUUGAUUAGCAAAUAGCUCUGCUGCAGAAAAUCAAAUUGAUGUUGAAAAGAUUCACUGGAGCUAGAAGGCUUGAAUGGCUGGCAUAACUUAUCCUGUGUUAGAUUAUGAAUCAAUGAUCUGACUUCAUACGCUGCAGAAUCAUAUGUACAAAUUUUGGCAUUGUUUUAAUAUGAGCUGUCUGUUUAAAUACAUAUUUAUUUUAAUGAAUCACAGCCCUGGAAUAUUAAAAUAGACUCAUAUAUUCAAUGUAGUUCAGUCAAUUGGAAAGCUCUCCAUUGCGUUGUAAUCUCUAUAGGCCAAUGCACAUAACAGUAAUUCGAAGUCACUUUUUAACCAUGUUCUGUCUGUCAUGGAGUGGUUUCUUGUACUGACUUGAAUUUUGACUAUACAGCUCUGUUGUCUGGAUGACAUACUAUAAUGUGCCAUGGAUUGCUAGAUAUUUGCCUAUACAUUAUGGUGCCUUUUCCAUGUGCUUUGCAGGAAAGUCCUGGUUUGCUGCUUUUAAAAGUGGUAGUAGAAACACACUGAAAUGCUAAAAGUUUUGGACUUUUCAAAAAUGUGCUGCAUAGCUAUUCAAAGCUUAAAAUGGGUGUCUAAGAAUUCUCAUCUGAAAAAUGGGGAUUUGGAAAACAUCCCCAUGUUUUUGUUAUUUGUUUUUAAUGAAGGAGAUUGUUGUAAAAUAAAAAUAAAAAUAAAACUAUUGCCUCGUGCUGAGGCAUUUUAACUGCAUAAAUACAGUAUAAGCCUUUAAUUAAUCUGGAGAAUGAAACAUGGUAAUAAAAUGCAUUGCUUUACAGGAGUCUUAAAUUUUUAUUGCUGUUGGGAAUGAGGUUGAAAAUCUACCCUUACUUGUGAUAUUUGAGGAAGAGUGUAUGUAUUUUCUGCACAUGAAUCAUGUGCCUUUUGUAAAUUGAUACAUCUAUGUAUUUUUAAGGAUUACAUUCCACUUCAUGGAUCCAGCAAAUAAAUUAGUAUGUCAAGUUGUA